CUUCCUCACAUUCACUACUCGUUCCUUCCAUAAUCAAAUAUCUUUUUCCUACUUGAAAAGGUUUUGGUUUUGAAAUGGAGAGUUACCUAAGAAAAUGUUGUGUAGUGUUUGUUUUGUUGAGCUUCGGUUUUAGUGUAGUAAAAGCACAAGCACAAGCUCAAGUUCCAUGUUUCUUCGUUUUUGGUGACUCUUUAGUUGACAAUGGAAACAACAACGGUCUUGUUUCUUUUGCAAGAGCCAACUACUUCCCUUACGGUAUCGAUUUCGGCGGCCCCACCGGCCGUUUCUCCAACGGCAAGACCACCGUUGACGAGAUCGCUGAGCUACUUGGAUUUAAUGGCUACAUUCCUGCGUAUAAUUCCGUGAGUGGUCGGCAAAUACUCUCCGGUGUUAACUACGCAUCAGCAGCUGCUGGAAUCCGAGAAGAAACCGGUCGACAAUUGGUAAAUAAAUCACAAAAACACUUUCUCUCAACUCUCUUGUAUAUCGGUAAACUUACUAGUUUCACUAUCAUAUUUUUGGGGGGUUUUGUUCAGGCACUAUACAACUAUGGGGCUCGAAAGUUUGCAUUGAGCGGAGUUGGAGCAGUCGGUUGUAGUCCAAAUGCGCUCGCGGGCAGCCGUGAUGGUAGGACUUGCGUUGAACGCAUCAACUCAGCAAAUCAAAUCUUCAACAACAAGCUCAAAUCGCUCGUUGACCAGCUUAACAACAAUCAUCCAGAUGCAAAGUUCAUCUACAUCAAUGCUUAUGGCAUUUUCCAGGACAUGAUCACAAACCCCGCUAGAUUUGGGUUUAGGGUGACGAACGCUGGAUGUUGCGGUAUCGGGAGGAAUGCUGGUCAGAUCACAUGUUUACCGGGACAAAGACCGUGUAACAACCGAAACGCGUAUGUGUUCUGGGACUCAUUUCACCCAACUGAAGCUGCAAAUGUGAUUAUCGCAAGGAGAUCAUACAACGCACAAUCCCCUUCGGACGCUUACCCUAUGGAUAUUUCAAGGUUGGCACAGCUUUGAAGAAACAGAGGAAAACUAAGAAUUAAAGUUCCACAAACCAAUAUGUGUGAUCUUGUUGUAUACCGUACCACUUUUUUACUAUCUUCUUGAAGUAUUGAAAUCGAGUAAAACAUUAUUAUUCUAUAUA